AUCGCGCGGCAGUUUAUUUUAUUACUUAUUUACCUUUGCUGAUUUGUGAGCGCAUAUAGAUGCCAUAUGCCGUGAGAGUGUGUGAGUUGUUGGUAAUGUUGAACGACGGAAAACUGCCAACUGCUGUGAUCGUCGCAAAGGUGAGCUCAGUUGGAAUCUGAUAUUCGGCGCGAGCGAACGUUGAGCGGAGGCGAACACGUGGACGACGAACGCAGCAACGACGAAUCGUCCCAACAACGAUUCCGGCUUUUUUAACUGUUGGAAACGAAUCAGACCGCAAAAUUUCCAAGUAAUUUUGCGCUAUUAAAUUAUGGCUUUUCGGUUUUACGACAAAUGAGCAAAUUACAAUACGCGGCAGUUAACUGUUCAAAGCGCGAAAUUAUGAAAACGAUAUGAUAAAGAGGCCUCAGCUAUUCGAAGAGCCUAUUUGCGAAGUUAGGGCGUGUAUGCGAAAUUAUUUGUGCGCGAAUUGGAAAAUUCCUGAGCGAUUUUUGCAAUUUUCACAAUUUCGUCCAGUGUUUUAACGUGUUUCUCUGGGAGAUCGUGUGUGGUGUGUCUCUCGAAGUGGAUUGUGUGAAAGCUGUUUUUUGGCUUUUCGAAUCGCUAAAUUGUAUUUGCACCGAAUAAACGCCAGCAAGUGAGAUGCAAAUUCAACAUAAAAGCUGACAAACUCAUAUUGGUGAUGCAAAUUAACAGUAACAGCAGUAACAGCAGCAACAACAACAACAACAACUGCUCCGACGAGUUUUGCAUUUUUGAUUGGAAUUAAAAUAUUUUCAAAGCGAAAUUCCACAAAAAACAAACAAGCAAAUAAAUAAAUAAUAAACGCUUCGAAGGCAUUAUUGCAAACGCGAUUUGUUGUGAAAAAAAUUAAAAUUAAAAUUUGCAAUUUUAAUUAAUUAAUAAAAAUCAAAUCAUAAACACAAAAACAAAAACAAAAGCCACAGUCUUGGCGAGUGUUUGGCAAUGCUAAUGCAGCCGAAUAAGAAAAUUAAAGAAGAAUAGCAGUGACAAAGCGUAAUCAUCGAUAAAAAUAAAGUGUUGAAACAACAACAACAACAAUAAAAAUAUAUAAAGGCGAGCGUAAAUAAUCAAGAAGAAGCAUACAAAUAGCAAAAUGGUCAACUCAUGUCUUCUGUUGAGCGACAGCUGUGACUAUCCCAUCAACAGCAACAGCAACAGCAACAGCCACAAUAACAAUAACAACAACAACAGCAACAGUGCUGUUAAAAACCGUGUGUGCAAUAGCACCGACGACGAACACAAAAGCAAUAAAUUCGUUAUUAAAAGACGCCAGCGAAAUAUGCCAGAUUGUGAAAUGAGGAAUCAAAUUAACUUGGCCACUCUUCGUGUUUCAUUGAUCGGCGUUUUGUCAUUGUUGGCCAUGGCCAGUGCGAUUUCUGCCGCAGAGGGGGCCACCGUCUACUCGAACAUCAAUUUCCUAACGAAUCCCAAAUUCGAGCAGAUCUGCAGCGUUCAGCAGGAGCACUACAUCGAGAGCGACGGCAAAGAGUCUAGUCUAAUACUUGAAUUUGCACCCGGCGUUUUAGCCGAGAAGCGUCAUCUGUGCACGCGCAUCCUCAGCGCCCCCGCCAACUAUGGCUUCAUCGUACGCCUUAUUUUACCAAAGAUACGCCGCAAUCGCCAUGGCACCACCUCCAACGGCAAGGUCGACGACGUGGUCGGCCCGGCGACGAGCUCAGUGGGAGUUACAUCGGUAACCGCGACGACAGCACGAGAAGCGAACGCACCGACGGAAGACGAUGGAACCGCUGCAAACUCUGGAGCGCCUGGCAGCGGUUUGCCAGCUCUCAGCGGUAUGACGUCUUUGAUUGACAAAAUCAAUGCGACCGUUAGCAAGUCAGGAAAACCAACAAGAUCGUGUCCAUUGUCCAUUUUCAGCUCGCUCGACUUCCAUACGCCGCAAUGGCGAUUGGACCCAUGUCAGCUGGAGGACUCAGCGCCGGAGAUGGAUGACCCCGUGCGACUGUUUCAUGGGCGUGUGCGCAUUGUAUGGGAGCACGGUCACCACAAGCUGAAUUCCAAACUGAUGGUCACUGCCUUGGGCAAGGGCGAUCAGUGCCGCAGUGAAAAGAAGCACCAAUGCUUGCGCAUCGGUGACGAACCAAUCCUCUGCAUUUCGAAGGACCUCGUCUGUGACGGCAUUCGUCAUUGUCCGGUUAGCAAUGAGUACGACAGUGAUGAGGACUACGAAAUGUGUUGGAAGCGUCGGCGCUACGGCGAACCCAUACCACCCGCCAUGGAGACCGACAUUUUCGAACACUUUGCUCUGGAGGUUUUUCGCAAUUUGUUUGCCUUCGAUGUGCCGACACGUAGCGGGACUACAACCCCAAUAGCCAUAGCAGCGGAUGCAGCGACUGCGAAUGAGAGUAGCGCUGGCGGUGUGAAUACCACCACACUGCGCAAAGUCGACUCGAAGCAAAUAGCUAAAUCCGGUCCGAAUGAUACAAGCCAAAAUGCGAAUAAUACUACAAACAUCACAGCUCAAGCCGAGGCGAACACCACUGAAAGCUCCACCGGCCAUCAUCGGCGCAAUUCGACACGUUCUGGCCUCAACUCGGACCUCUCGAAGUACGGCCCAUGGGGUUAUCUCAUGCUGGGCAUGCUACUGUGUGGUGGUGCCUUGCUGAUAUGUGGACUUUGGGUUUGCUGUUGUCGCUUAAGCUUUCACAUUCAAACCAUCCGUUCACUUUCAGCCUCUGCAUCCCAGCACGCGACCCAGAACGAACGCGAAUCAGCGCUGCAGAGCAGUGCCGCCGCCGCAGGAGGUGAUCUUCAAACGGGCAGCGCAUCCCCACCCAACUACGAAGAGCUCGAUCCGCCGCCCGCCUACUCGGUACUCUUCCCCAACCAAAAGGCGGCCUCCAGCACAACGUUAAGCUCUCUGGGCGCUGCAGCACUCAUGCCGCCGACAAUAACCGCCGUCGCGGUAACAACGCCCAAUGGCACCGUAAUGACAAUGCCCAUAGGCGGAGACGGAGCAGCAGCGUCAUCUACGGCAGCAGCAGCAACAACAGCAGCUGCAGCGUCCGUCUCGUCAGCAGCUAGCUCUACAACAACGCGCGUGCAGCUCGAGAGUGCAACGUGCAGCUCGCAAGCUCAGUGAUGACAACUGAGAGAGCCCGUGCGGUACCUGACGGACGUCGCCUAAUAUUACUAAAUACUAUAGCGUAGAGAAGAAGUUUUUCUGAUUUUCCAAAAAAACGACUGACUUUUUAGUUCGAUGUAAGAUUUAAUUUAGCUAUACAAUAAUUAACGAGCUCAUUUGUUAGGUUAGAAACUCGACAAGCUCCUUUAUAUUUUAUGUGAAUGUGUUGUGCCCUCGAUACUUUGCUCUUUUGUUUUAAACAAUAGUUUAUAAAAAAAUUUGUUUUGGAUUAAAUCCUGUUCCCCCAAAGUUAAACCUGAAACUUGUUUUAAACCAAUACACAAGCCGAUUGAAUGAAUAAUAAGUAUAAUGUGUUUUAGAGAGAAACAUUUAAAAUGCUUCGAAACAUUUAGCACUGAAAGCACUGAAAGCUUAAUUUCCACUGCAUAGGUUUAAAGAAGCUCGACUAUGAAACUUAGUUUUCACAGAAGAAUUGAUAUUUGAAGCUUUUAUCCAUAUCUCAAGAACAGAAUUAUCCUGAGUGAAUUUGUUCUGAAAAGCUUGAAAGCUCUCCAAGAUAGGCGAUCAGCUGUACUCAGUUGCUUGCGGCUAUUUUAUUCUUUGACACUCCUUAUUAUUUGUUUAUUCUCUCAGUUUCCCACUCAAUUCUUUCGGUUUUUCAGUUUACAAUAAUGCGUAAUACAACAACAAUGAGCGAGCUUUUGAUAAUAAUUCUCUGUUAAAUAAUAGUGUCAAAUGUCCAUAGAAAUGAGAGUAAGUCGUUGUGUAAUUGUAUUAGUUAUUCCAAAUAGCGGUUAACUUGAUAUCUGUAUGUAACGUAUUUAUAUGUAUAAGUGCUAAUAUGCAUACUGGAGAAACGUAAUUUAAUACUAAUUUAUUGUAAUGUGAUAUAAGUUAAUGAUUCACAUAGUUAAAGCUUUGUCGACGUGUAAACAAAAUUAUAAAUGCAAACGUAAUUACUUAGUAGGAAAAUAACAAAAAACAACAAAAAUAUAUAUAAUACGAAAAUGACUUAUACAAAUAAAAAUUUUACAAAAAUA